UUUGCCGUCGUUGUAAUGAAUACCGGUAUCCGUGGAAGACUGCUUUUUUACGCAGAAGCAGCAGGAUGGAUGGGGGCCAAACUGACCAAACGAGUUGAAAACGUUUCGCAAUUUAUAUAAAUACAGCUACAAAGUCUUAUAAUACUUAUUUAAUUGAUUUUUUGUUUUAUGGUUUACGCAAAGAUGAGGAUUCCAAAUUUUAUUGAACCAUUUGCAAGAUGAAAUCCAUGGCGCUUCUCCAAAAGCAUCGCCGGAAUCAUUGGUACUUACUUCCUUCGUACGCGGCACUAGCGCGGAUUGUAUGAUUUGCAGAACUGAACCAGACGUUACUCCAAACGUAGUUGUUUGUUUAAGGGAAACUAAUACCCAGGUACUACUUAUGGUUAGAGCGACUUUUGCAAAGGUGUAUUUGGAACUGUUCAUUUGUCAUUGAUAUUCACAGCUAUGCAGCCUGUGCUGGCGAAUGCACUUUGACUUAAUGUUAGCUAACCGGUAAGCCUAAGCGGUAAGCCUAAGCACACCAGAACAACAAUACUGACGAUUUCUGACCAUGCUACCUAUUUUAACUUUUCGGCUGAAAACGAACUGGAUGUUGUUCGAUCAUUACAACAAGCAGGUGACGAGUGAUCCUUGAAUGGUUCCACAUUUCGCUAUUAUGCAAACCCAUCCAGUUCCAGUUACCGCACAACAGAAUGCUGCAUGCACUUUUGCUUAUCACACUGACCACAGGACAACUGCUCAUCGCCACCUUGUUCAAUAAAAGCGGCUUAACCUCCGCUUCCGGUGCCCAAGUGGUUACACCUGUGAGCAGCCGGAGUAACUCACGCAUCCGAAUUAGUAAAUCGGAGAAUAUUACCAUUCAUGUGUGUUCCAUUGUGGAAUCCGACGGCACAGACAACAUUGUGAACUUUGAGAAAAUCCGUGCGGCGGUUCAUGUGGGAAUCAACGAAGCCAACAAUGGAAUAUUACCACCCGGGAUCAAGCUCCAGCUGCACUACCGAAAAGCCGGGUCGACUUGCUCCGCACGCAAUGAUGCUUUCAAAAGCAUCAUGGAACUGUAUGUAGCCAAUAUCACUUGCGAUGUUUAUAUCGGUCCAGGAUGUGAUGAUGCGGCCGCGGAUAUUUAUGCUAUCGCUGCCGACCAGAAUGUUCCGUUGAUUGCCUGUCCGGCUCCGAAUAUCGUGGAUGCACUAGGUGCGGAGCGGAAAGAUCUGCCGUAUUUAAUACGUACAUCCUUCACCCUGCCGGAUAUCUGCAGCAUUAUCGUUACGCUGCUGUACCAAUAUCAAAACUACACCGAUAUUGCGGUGUUCGUGGAUACGGCCAGUAUCUUUUAUGGGACGUUGGGCGAGAAACUACGGGUUUAUUUGCGAGGAUUUACCAGCGGACAGAUUCGGUCUGUUUGGGAAUUUAUGAGAGCGGAUGCAGAAGACGAAAGUUACCGAUCCACUUGCCGGCAGGCUCUGAUAAACGCCAACCAUAGCACCAGAGUGAUUCUUCUUUUUGGUGCCGCAAAAUUCACUCGAGAUUGUCUGAUCGUUGCGGCACAGUUGAACAUGAUCCUGGGAGAGCACGUCUAUAUUGCCAUUGAACUGUAUCAAAGUGAAGUUUGGGGCACAUUUCGUUUUGAUCUUGACGAUCAAUUCGAUCGAAUCGCCAAAGAAGCGUACAAAUCGUUGGUCAUAUUCUCGCUUUACGAAUCAAACGACCAUAAUGCAGCCGAAUUCGAAAGAGUUGUCAGGAAAACGUCUAAAUCUUUGAACCAGUAUGCAUACCGCCCGUUCGAAAACGUUGAUCCGAUAGCGACGAGUUACUACGAUGCUUUUAUUUUAUAUGCACAUGCCGUGCGAUCCGUGUACAGUCAAGGUGGGAACUAUACGCAAACUCAUCUGCUUUUGUCUAAAAUGAAGAAUGUUACGUAUACAACACCGUAUGGAGAAAAUAUCACCAUGAACUUCUACGGCGAUCGAAGGGUUCUCUAUGCUAUAAAGUCAUUUGAUCUGGACGAGGAAGUUUUCAAACUUGCAGUCAAGAUAGAAUAUGGGAGAGUGCGUGUGUUAUCGCCAAUUAACUGGAUUUGUCCAGAUGGUCAGUCGUACACGUGUCGACUACCUCCCAACCAACCCCGCUGUGGAUUCAAUGGAGAAUUAUGCAGAGCCGUUGCUCCACUUUCCGUUCCUGGAAACGUUGCGGCAUUAGUUCUGUGUCUUCUGGUAUUGAUAACCGGGGUUUCUGCUGCAGUGCUCUACAGAAGGCGCCACCACGAAAUUGACCCUCUUUGGUGGAGAAUCAGUGAGUCGGAUGUAGUCAUUGCCAGUCGUGGAAAAAGUUACUCCAGUCUUCGGCGCAGUGAACGAUCCAUGGGAGAUCUCUCCGACAGUGAAACCGAAGGCCAGAAAUCAGCCUUCAGCACAUUUAUCAUGUUGACAUAUAAAAACAACGAUAUAAGUGCUACCGCGCUUCCAGAGAAGCAGUUUCAUGUCACCAAGGACCUGAUCAAACAAAUGAAUUUGGUUGAACCUCUACGGCACACCAACCUCCAUAGAUUUGUUGGAAUCGUUGUUGAUGAGCGCAACUGGUGCGUGUACCGCUGUGGGGAGUUCUGCUCGCGUGGCACUUUAGAGGAUGUUCUGGAGAGUGAAUCAUUGAAGUUGGACUGGUCGUUCAAAUAUUCGCUUAUGAAAGACAUCUGUGAGGGAAUGACCUUUCUCCAUGUCUCUUUUCUGGAAUCACACGGCUUUUUGGGUGCCCUUUCAUGCUUAGUGGACAGCCGUUUUGUAGUCAGAGUUACGGAUUAUGGACUUAGUCUUUUGCAUGAAUUUUGGGAGUAUUCACCUCCGGAGGAAUCAGAAACAACGAGAAACUUCAAACAGUUGCUGUGGCGAGCUCCAGAAUUGUUAAGGGAACCUAUGCCAAAAUAUGGAACGCAGGUCAGAAUCUGCCGGUUUCCACAAACUUUUUUUCUCUGCAAUGGGGAUUUUCUUUUUAACACUGUUAUUUUAUUAUGUUGCACGCGAACGGAAAAGAAAGGGGAUAUUUACAGCUUUGCAAUCAUUAUGUCGCAAAUUAUUUUACAAACGGCUCCUUUUGAACCGCCCGGAGACGAUAAUCAGGAGGAGCAGAGUAAUCCGAAAUCGUUAGCGCAGCUUUCCUGGCUGAUAUCUGCGAAAGACAUUGUUUUGAAGAUAAAAGACGGUUGUACUCCACCUUUCCGGCCUAUCAUUCCGCCGUCAGCAUGCCCUGGAGAUUUGCUAGCCUUGCUACAUCGUUGUUGGGCAGAAUAUCCAAGUGAUCGUCCAACUUUUUCCAAAUUACGCGAAAGUGUUAAGAUAACCGCUGGUAAUAUGGGAGAAAACAUCAUUGAUCACCUCAUAAAGGAAAUGGAAAAUUAUGCCAAUAGUCUGGAAUCCAAAGUGGCGCAACAGACGCAGCAAUUUCUGACCGAAAAGGAAAAAACAGAGGAAUUGCUCUGUCAGCUGCUUCCAAAGUCAGUGGCGGCAGCAUUAACGAAAGGCGAAAUUGUGGAGCCAGAAUAUUUUGAUAUGGGAAGCGCAAUGGAUGUGGUUAACCUGUUAAACGGAUUAUACACACUUUUUGAUUCAGUUCUACUAAAUUAUGAUGCUUAUAAAGUGGAAACCAUUGGGGAUGCCUAUAUGAUUGUUAGUGGAUUACCGGAGCGUAAUGGUGAAAAGCAUGCUGGACAGAUUGCUAUGGUGGCCAUGGACAUCGUAAACAAUAUAUCGACGUUCAAAAUCAAACAUCUUCCUCAUAAGAAGCUGCAAAUUCGAGUAGGACUGCAUUCAGGGUCAUGCGUGGCAGGUGUUAUGGGACAAAAAAUGCCGCGAUAUUGCUUGUUCGGCGAUACGGUGUUAAUAGCGUCUCGGAUGGAAUCGUCCGGUGAACCUAUGCGUAUUCACAUAACGCUGGAGACAAAGAAUCUACUUGAUGCGGAGUUUGAAAUAAUUCUAAGAGGAGAAACGCUUUUAAAGGAUAAAGGCUUGAUGGUGACUUUCUGGCUCGUUGGAAAAAGUGUUCCUCGUGCUGAAACAUAGCAAAGUAAUAAAACAAAUUGGUCGCAAUGUUUUCUGUAUUAAAAAGUGUGGCGCAUCCUAACGAGAACAAAUCACAAUCAUCAACUUUAUUUUUAUGAAGGUGGUCAUUUAUCCUUUUUUCGAGCCUUUCCAGUUUGCGCAGCUGCAUUUUGUAAUAAAUCUUAACCAAGGGGCUGUGUACAGUGUUUGAGUGGAUGUUGUGGCAUGCGGAAAUUUCUGUUAUUUACCGUGUGCUCUAGAGGAAGGUCACUUCAUCACGUUCCGAUAUUUGCAGCAAUUGUCCCUUUUCCCGAACGUACGUGAUUGCAAAAGAAGGAUUCUGUUAACAUUAAUUU